AUGCCUUCCGAGACACCCCAGGCAAAAGAGGAGUCUGCAGGGUGCCCCCACGUCUCAAGGGCACCCUCGGGGAAAGGGAGCCUGGAGAAGGGGCCCCCCAGGGACAAGGAAGCCAAGGAGUGCCUGUGGAUCCGGCCUGAUGCCCCGAGCAGGUGCACCUGGCAGCUGGGCAGGCCUGUCUCUGACUCCCCGCAUCACCACGUGGCCCUGGGGCAGGGCCCAAGGAUCUCCCUGUUGAGGAGGGUCUUUUCCUCUCCCAUGAUUCAUCUCUGCCUCCCAGUGGCAAAGUGCGAGUUCUUCAAUGCGGGUGGGAGUGUGAAGGACCGCAUCGGUGUACGGAUGGUGGAGGACGCUGAGCGGGAUGGGACUCUGAAGCCUGGGGACACCAUCAUCGAGCCAACGUCCGGGAACACGGGGAUCGGGCUGGCUCUGGCUGCCGCUGUGAAGGGUUAUCGCUGUAUCAUCGUGAUGCCAGAGAAGAUGAGCACUGAGAAGGUGGAUGUCCUGCGGGCCCUGGGCGCCGAGAUCGUGAGGACGCCCAGCAACGCCAGGUUUGACUCUCCUGAGUCACACGUGGGGGUAGCGUGGCGGCUGAAGAAUGAGAUCCCCAAUUCCCACAUCCUAGACCAGUACCGCAACGCCAGCAACCCCCUGACCCACUAUGACAGCACCGCCGAGGAGCUCCUACAGCAGUGCGAUGGGAAGCUGGACAUGCUGGUGGCUUCAGUGGGCACAGGUGGCACCAUCACGGGCAUCGCCAGGAAGUUGAAGGAGAAGUGUCCCGGAUGCAGAAUCAUUGGGGUGGAUCCCGAAGGCUCCAUCCUCGCCGAGCCUGAGGAGCUGAACCAGACAGAGCUGACGGCCUACGAGGUGGAGGGGAUUGGCUAUGACUUCGUCCCCACGGUGCUGGACAGGACGGUGGUGGACAAGUGGUUCAAGAGCAAUGACAAGGAGUCCUUCGCCUUCGCCCGCAUGCUCAUCGCGCAGGAGGGGCUGCUGUGCGGUGGCAGCUCCGGCAGCGUGAUGGCAGUGGCCGUGAGGGCCGCCCAGGAGCUGCAGGAGGGUCAGCGCUGCGUGGUCAUUCUGCCUGACUCAGUGCGGAACUACAUGUCCAAGUUCCUGAGUGACAAGUGGAUGCUGCAGAAGGGCUUCAUGAAGGACGAUGACCUUACGGUGAAGAAGCCAUGGUGGUGGCACCUCCGAGUUCAGGAGCUGAGCUUGUCGGCUCCGCUGACCGUGCUGCCGACGGUCACUUGUGAGCACACCAUCGAGAUCCUCCGUGAGAAGGGCUUCGACCAGGCGCCUGUGGUCAAUGAGUCAGGGGUGGUCCUGGGGAUGGUGACACUUGGGAACAUGCUGUCAUCCCUGCUUGCUGGGAAGUUGCAUCCAUCAGACCAGGUCCACAAAGUCAUCUACAAGCAAUUCAAACAGAUUUGCCUGACGGACACGCUGGGCAAGCUCUCGCACAUCCUGGAGAUGGACCACUUCGCCCUGGUAGUCCACGAGCAGAUCCAGUACCAAAGCAAUGGGAAGUCCAGUAAGCGGCAGAUGGUGUUCGGGGUCGUCACCGCCAUUGACUUGCUGAACUUCGUGGCCACCCGGGAGCGGGACAGGAAGUGAAGCCUGGAAGUGCUGGGGCAGCGGUGGAGCCCACUCCCCACUCUUCCUGCCUGGGGGCCAUUCUCUUUUUCCUUUGUAAACACUAAACAAACCCAUGUGAUUUUUAAUUGCCUGACGCUGGGCAUCGCUUCAGCCCUGACAGGUAGCCAGGAGCAGGGUGAGGUACCUGGGGCCAGCAUGACUCUUACAGUUUUCCUUUCAUUAACUCUUGGCUACCUAGACGAAUCUUCCCGUCCCCCUUGGCACCCACUAAUCUUUCUGUUUCUAUGGAUUUACCAGUUCUGGACAUUUCAUAUAAAUGGAAUCACACAGUC